AUGGCGGUGACCUGUCAAAGUCUACCCGGGGGUCGAAGCUCCAUCAUCGGCCAGACGUUGAUUUUCGCAUCGCUGACUUUACUCCUCUCUUGGUCCUGCCCGGCUCUAGGCAAGAAGAAGCUCUACAUCGGUGCCCUCUUCCCGAUGAGCGGAGGCUGGCCCGGGGGCCAGGCAUGCCUCCCUUCCGCUCAGAUGGCCCUGGACUUGGUGAACAAGAGAACGGAUAUACUGCCGGAGUACGAACUGGAACUGAUCCACUACGAUAGCAUGGUGAGUAGCCUAGGCUAAGCUAAAGGCAAAGUGCACUUUAAGUUCCUAUACUUGUUAUAGGAACUUAAUGUUGAUGCACUGUCUGCAUGAUUUCUGCGUAAACAUCAAUUUAUCCAAAGUGUCUGACAUGUGGUUUAUGGUUGUAUUAAUAAUUCAGACUGGAUCAUUAUUCGUAGUAGAACAGCAUUGCUUCAUAAUGGUUUGCUUUUACUGCAACUUUGUUUAGCUUAUAUUUGCAUAAUAUGAAUACCAAGUAUGCAUGUGUGCAUCUGUCAUGCAUGCCAUAAUUGGGAUAAUAAGUUGUCCUCUUUGAAUUCUCUAAUUUCCUCAGUUGUUUUUAAUGAGUGCCAAUAGAUUGUGUUCCUUUGAUUCAUGUUCUCUAAGACGGGCUUAAGCCCUUAGUAGAAAAUGUAUCUUAUGAGCAAUGGUCAUCAUUAUAUAGUCUUGUGUUAUUCUAUUGAAUAGAAUCAGAAUCACCUUUCUUCGCCAAGUACAACUAUGUGUACCAGGAAUUUGAACUGGUGAAAUGGUGCUGACAACAAUAAACAGAAUAUACAGACAGAGUGCAUAAUAUGUAGAGGAGUGUUGGAUGGGACUCUCUUUCUCCUCUCUCUCUCUCUCUCUCUCUUCUCUCUCUCUCUCUCUCGCACCUCUGUCUCCACUUUGCUCUCUUCAUCUAGUCUCUUAUCUCUCUCUCUAUCUCUACUCUCUCUCUAUCUCUCUCUAUAUCUAUAUCAGUCUAUCGUCGGUAUCUCGUCUAAUGCUCUCCUGCUCGUUCUCUCUCUCGCUUCUCUCUUCUCGGCUCUCUCUCUCUCUUCUCUCUCUAUCUCUCUCUCCCUCUCUCUGUACCAUUCCUCCUCUUCUUCCCACCUGCGUCCCUCCUCCACCUCACGGGAGAGAGAUGCCAACACACCACACUCACGGUCUGUAAAUAGUUAAAUGCACUGUGACUGGCUGGUGUUGCUAAGAGCAUUGCUCUGAUUGGUUGAAUCUGCUCUGCAUUGGAACCCUACUUCAAAAGACUGGGGGGGUGUAGAAAGGGAGGGGGUGGUUAGAGGUUGGCAUGACAACAGUAACCAAGACGACUGCAGUUCAUACAAACACAGAAAUAAAGAUUUCUCUCCAAGAAAUGGGAAAGAUUGUGCACUUGCUAUCGUUGCUUGAACAGGGAAACAGAUGGAUGGCGAGAUGAUGUGAGCCUGCCUGUUGCGGUAAACUCCUAUUGAGUGUUCAGUGUAGUUAGCCAAAUGUAAGAAGUGCCUCUGGUCGGGGCAGUCAUCCAUCAUAGGCACUUACACAGCCACAGACAGCACGUCCAAGUGUCUUCCAGGUCGGCUGCAGGAUGAGGGGUAGUUGACCCCCCGCGGACCUGAGCUCUGAUGGAUUCAGCUCCCAGUGCCUCCCAAAUGGAUCCCUAUUCAUUAUGUAGUGCCCUAUAUAGUGUAUGGCCCAUAGGACUCUGGUGAAAAGUAGUGCCCUAUAUAGGUACUAGGGUGCCAUUUGGGACAGCCCCUGUGUCAUCAUCAGGAGGCAAAUCAACCAGAAAAUCUCCCCCCAUCCCGCUAGUGAAUAUGGUCAUUCCCCAAACCUUGACCUGGACCUUCACAAAAGCUAAUUAAAUGUCCAUCCAGGCCCUAUGUUCAUUAAAGUUGAAGACACAUCUCCUGAUUUCCCCGGAGUGUCAGGGUUAGAUCAAUGAGAACAUUCCCCAUGAAUAUAGCUCUGGAUUAGUGUCGCUUUUGUUUACACAGACAUUUAUUUGAUUUGAUAGUAAAGGGGGCAACAUUCUCCAAAACCUAUGCAUGGAGAGACCGUUAGAUUUAGGGGUGAGCAUUAGCAAUGAGGGUUACAACAAAACAUGUCCAAAGGUUGCGUUUAUUUCUAAGUGUAGGAUGGAUGGAAUGUAUUUGAUUCAGGAGUGAAGGUUGCAACGUUCUCCAUACCCCAUUUAUGGUCAGAUUUAGGGGUGAGAAUUAGGGCCUACAACACAACAAAACAUUUUUGCAAAUGUGUUUAUUUAAGUGUAGGAUGGAUGGAGUUUUAUUUCUAAGUGUAGGAUGAUGAAGUUUUAUUUAUGAGUGUAGGAUGGAUUGGGUUUAACCUCCUCACCAGGCCUCCAUAAUCUUCAUCAUAACCCAUCUGUCAGCAACACUUAAGUGAUGGUUUAUAGGCGGUUUUGUUUUAUUGACGGAUUGACUUCUGUGACCCCCUGUAAAACCAUCAGAUAUAUUUAAAGGCCUCCUGCACUGUUGAGCCAUUUUCAAACAGUCAACAUCAGAGAAUUAACUCGAUUUUAUAUUUAUAAAGUGUUCUUCUCCAACUGGAAAGUCUACGCCUCUCUCUGUGAAGGAAAAUAAUGGUGCUGUUCCAGUCCAGAUGAGUCUUUACGAUGUUGCUGAUUCCUAAGGGGGAGAGUUAGGGUUAGGGUUAGGGUUAGGGUUAGUAGAUCGCCAUUCCUCUCGGAAUCUGUAGAACUCUUAACAUUCGCAGCAUUCUAAAAAUCCUGAAAGUCAAUGAUUGCAUUUGGUGUGCUUCAUAGUGCCCGUGUCUCUCUCUGUCUCUCUCUCUCUGCCCUUCACUCAGGCAAGCAGAGGUGCUCAAUACUAAACAGUUGAAAAUACAAAAAUACCUACAUAGUUUGUACUGCCAUUUUUUUUUUCUGUAAGCAAUGUGUGUGUGUGUGUUGUCGGGUUCACUCGAUUUAGUGCGUUGGGCCCCAGCUGCUGUGAGAGUGUGAUUUGAAGGAGUCAGGCGCAGGAGUGAUAAAUCAAAGAAUACAGAGUUUAUUCCGUAGUACACAGUUACGCUGGAUAGCGUCAACAGUCCAGUGCGCAAAACAGGCUCACUGGAACAAAUACAGGCACAUGGGGAAAAUAUACCCCGGCAAUACAACGUACAGGUAGCUCCACCGAGCUACACUCAUCUCACAUGAAACAAUCACCCACAAGGACAAGGGGGGCAGAGGGAACACUUAUACAUGUACUAAUGAGGGGAAUAUGAACCAGGUGUGUGUAAUUGACAAGACAAGACAAAUGGAAUGAUGAGAUAUGGAGCGGCAGUGGCUAGAAGGCCGGUGACGACGAACGCCGAAGCCUGCCCGAACAAGGAGAGGAGGCAGCUUCGGAGGAAGUCGUGACAGCUGCACAGUUCAUGGACGGCGCCGACAGACACGGUCACCCUGUUUUUAGCUCCUAGCCAACUUUGCAGUAUUUGUUGUUGUUGUGUUAUUUUGUACAUUAUUUGCUCAGAACAUUUCUUGUAUUAUUAUUAUUAUUAUUAUUAUUAUUAUUGUAAAUAACUUUUGGACAUUAGAUCUAGGGUCACUCACCAGACAUGUGAGCAGAAAUUCGACUUCCCUGACCUGAAUCCUUUGUUUGAACUUCCCGAGGCAGCUCUAUUCAUUCCGGGGGCUGCACCAAAACGCUGACGCCGGAGAAGAGGAAGAAGAAGUGGGGUCCUAGUCAGACUCAGGUGGCAUGCAUACCAUCCACCGCUUCAGAGUAUAUUACUUGCUAAGAUACAGUCCCUGGACAAUAAAGUAGACGAGCUCAGGGUGAGGAUCUCCUUCCAGAGAGACAUCAGGGACUGAAUCAUGACUCUGUCCGGAUAUAUCGUCCCCGUCCAUUCAGCCAGUGGGGUUCUCCUUCCAUCGCACGGACAGGAAGAAAGAACCCUCUGGGAUAAAGAAAGGCGGAGGGGUUUGUUUCAUGAUCAUCAACUCAUGGUGUGAUUGUGGUAAAGUACAAGAACUCAAGCCCUGUUGUUCUCCUGAUCUGGAAUACAUCACCAUCAAAUGCCAACCGCAUUACCUCCCGAGAUAAUUUUAUUCGGUCAUCGUCACUGCUGUGUACACUCCCCCCACCCUCCCCCAAGCUGACACCACUAUGGCUCUCAAGGAAUUACACUGGACUAUGUGCAAACUGGAAACCGCAUAUCCUGAGGCCGCAUUUAUUGUAGAUGGGAACUUCAAUAAAGGAAAUCUGAGAAAAACUCUACCAAAGUUCUAUAAACACAUUUCCUGUGCUACACGUGCAUCACAAACUCUUGAUCAUUGCUCCUCUCCCUUCCGGGAUGGCUACAAGGUCCUCCCCUGCCCUCCCUUCGGGAAAUCAGAUCACGCCUCCAUUCUGCUCCUCUCCACCUAUACGCAGAAACUUAAACAGGAAGCACCCGUGGUAAGGACUGUUCAACGUUGGUCUGACCAAUAGAAAUCUGUGCUUCAAGAUUGUUUUGAUCACGUGGACUGGGAAAUGUUCCGGGUCGCCUCUGUGAAUAGUAUCGACGUAUACACUGACUCGGUAACUGGGUUCAUCAGGAAGUGCAUAGAGGAUGUUGUUCCCACUGUGACAAUUAGAACUUAUCCAAAACAAAAACCGUGAAAGAAAACCACCGCAUUUAACACAAUGGCAAGGUUUCUGUACCCCAGAAAGCGAAAGUAACUGAACUAAAUUACUAUCACCCCGUAGCACUCACUUCUAAGAUGCUAGUUAAGGACCAUAUCACCUCCACCUUAACCGACAAUCUUUACUCACUACAAUUCACAUACCGCCCCAACAGAUCCAUGGACGACGCAAUCCCCAUUGCACUGCACACUGCCCUAUCCCACCUGGACAAGAGAAAUACCUAUGUCAGAAUGCUGUUCAUCGACUGCAGCUCAGCAUUCAACACAAUAGUGCCUUCCAAGUUCAUCACUAAGCUCAGGACCCUGGGUCUGAACCAGGGGAGAAUGAUUGACGAUUUCAAGUUGAAGGCUGACCGCGGUACUGGAGGCAUUGUUUACAGAAAACAUGAACCCCCAUUUUAGUGAAUGGGGAAAUGGCGAUCUUCGUGGUCAAUAUUCUUGGAUAUAUAAAAAAAAUUCAAACACAAUCAUGGUACCAAUAAAUAUAUUUCACCAGAUGUAUGUCGUUGAACCAAUUACUUUAAAAUCACACACAGACAAAGUUAUAAGGAUCAUUUAGUUGCUAAUGGCAGCCUGCAGUACCUCGGUCGGCCUUCAACUUGAGAUACUCCAUGAGAGGGGGCAGCACUGAGCUAGCCUGUAACGUCACUUCCUAGAGUAGCUCAAACUGCACAUGCAAUGUUUCCAAAAACUCCUCCAUGUAGCAAGAUGGCGACACGUUGAAAUGACACUUCCUGAUCAUCAACUGCACCACUGAGCAUUCUCAUAGGUAACAAUGUGGUGAUGUCAUCGAUGGCUUUGUCCAUAUUUUUUUACAGUCUAUGAACCCCUCCAUGUGCAACUGGGUUCUGGAUUUCCUGACGGGCCGACCCCAAGUGGUGAAGGUAGGGAACAACAAGGCUGAUCCUCAACACAGGGGCCCCAAAAGGGCCCCACAGGGGUGCGUGCUCAGCCCCCUCCUGUACUCCCUAAUCACCCAUGAAUGCGUGGCCACGCACGUCUCCAACUCAAUCAGCAAGUUUGCUGAUGACACAACAGUGGUAGGCCUGAUUACCAACAAUGAUGAGACCGCCUACAGGGAGGUCAGGGCCCUGGCAGAAUGGUGCCAGGAAAACAACCUCUCCCUCAACUUCAACAAAACAAAGGAGCUGAUCGUGGACUACAGGAGACAGCAGAGAGAGCGGGGCCCCAUCGACAUCGACGGGGCCGUAGUGGAGAGGUUCAAAAGCUUCCAGCUCCUCAGUGUGUACAUCACUAACGACCUGAAAUGGGCCCUUCACGCAGACCGCGCCUCUUCAACCUCAGGAGGCUGAAGAAAUUCGGCUUGGCCCCUAAGACCCUCACGAAUUUCUACAGAUAUAUGUAUACAGUUCCUUUAGAAAGUAUUCACACCCCUUGACUUUUUUCUACAUUUUGUUGUCAAAGUGGAAUGAUGUUUUUUUUUUUUUUUUUUACAAAUUAAUUACAAAUGAAAAGCUGAAAUGUCUUGAGUCAAUAAGUAUUCAACCCCUUUGUUAUGACAAGCCUAAAUAAGUUCAGGAGUAAACAUUUGCUUAACAAGUCACAUAAUAAGUUGCAUGGACUCACUCUGUGUGCAAUAAUUGUGUUUAACAUGAUUUGUGAAUGAUUACCUCACACAUACAAUUAUCUGUAAGUGUAGUUGUGGACUUGGUGGACUGUAUAUUCAGUAGGGUUUUCCUUAGCGCUAUGUGUUCUCUCCCAGGUGCUUGUAAAGGCACAGAUGACAGACCGGUAGGAUUCCAGUUGAGGUAGUUUUACGACACUGAUUCACAGGGCAGUACUGGCACAGCACAGCACAGUGUAUGGGCUUGACGGUUGUGUUAACCAAGAGUUUGUGUGGUUCUGAAAAGGGGGAAAUUAAAUACAAUAGUAAAUGGCAGGUAUAGGCUUAAUACAACCUCAAAUUACAUAAGCUAUAAAUAAUAUGGCUACAAUAGGUCAUCUGCUGCACAGGGCAAUACAACCUAACAACAUGGAUGUGCCUUCACUAAUGAAUGAUCAGAGGAGUGCAACUACCGAGCACUACCGAGCAGCACCAUCAUCCUCACACAACUGCAUGAACUCGAAUGUAUAUACAGUGGGGAAAAAAAGUAUUUAGUCAGCCACCAAUUGUGCAAGUUCUCCCACUUAAAAAGAUGAGAGAGGCCUGUAAUUUUCAUCAUAGGUACACGUCAACUAUGACAGAAAAUCACAUUGUAGGAUUUUUUAUGCAUGUAUUUGCAAAUUGUGGUGGAAAAUAUGUAUUUGGUCACCUACAAACAAGCAAGAUUUCUGGCUCUCACAGACCUGUAACUUCUUCUUUAAGAGGCUCCUCUGUCCUCCACUCGUUACCUGUAUUAAUGGCACCUGUUUGAACUUGUUAUCAGUAUAAAAUACACCUGUCCACAACCUCAAACAGUCACACUCCAAACUCCACUAUGGCCAAGACCAAAGAGCUGUCAAAGGACACCAGAAACGAAAUUGUAGACCUGCACCAGGCUGGGAAGACUGAAUCUGCAAUAGGUAAGCAGCUUGGUUUGAAGAAAUCAACUGUGGGAGCAAUUAUUAGGAAAUGGAAGACAUACAAGACCACUGAUAAUCUCCCUCGAUCUGGGGCUCCACGCAAGAUCUCACCCCGUGGGGUCAAAAUGAUCACAAGAACGGUGAGCAAAAAUCCCAGAACCACACGGGGGGACCUAGUGAAUGACCUGCAGAGAGCUGGGACCAAAGUAACAAAGCCUACCAUCAGUAACACACUACGCCGCCAGGGACUCAAAUCCUGCAGUGCCAGACGUGUCCCCCUGCUUAAGCCAGUACAUGUCCAGGCCCGUCUGAAGUUUGCUAGAGUGCAUUUGGAUGAUCCAGAAGAGGAUUGGGAGAAUGUCAUAUGGUCAGAUGAAACCAAAAUAUAACUUUUUGGUAAAAACUCAACUCGUCGUGUUUGGAGGACAAAGAAUGCUUAGUUGUAUCCAAAGAACACCAUACCUACUGUGAAGCCUGGGGGUGGAAACAUCAUGCUUUGGGGCUGUUUUUCUGCAAAGGGAACAGGACGACUGACCCGUGUAAAGGAAAGAAUGAAUGGGGCCAUGUAUCGUGAGAUUUUGAGUGAAAACCUCCUUCCAUCAGCAAGGGCAUUGAAGAUGAAACGUGGCUGGGUCUUUCAGCAUGACAAUGAUCCCAAACACACCACCCGGGCAAUGAAGGAGUGGCUUCGUAAGAAGCAUUUCAAGGUCCUGGAGUGGCCUAGCCAGUCUCCAGAUCUCAACCCCAUAGAAAAUCUUUGGAGGGAGUUGAAAGUCCGUGUUGCCCAGCGACAGCCCCAAAACAUCACUGCUCUAGAGGAGAUCUGCAUGGAGGAAUGGGCCAAAAUACCAGCAACAGUGUGUGAAAACCUUGUGAAGACUUACAGAAAACGUUUGACAUGUGUCAUUGCCAACAAAGGGUAUAUAACAAAGUAUUGAGAAACUUUUGUUAUUGACCAAAUACUUUGGUCAAUUCUCAAUUUGUCUGUCAUAGUUGACAUGUACCUAUGAUGACAAUUACAGGCCUCUCUCAUCUUUUUAAGUGGGAGAACUUGCACAAUUGGUGGCUGACUAAAUACUUUUUUCCCCCACUGUAGCUACAUCCACAAGGCACAUUGCUAACAAAAUACCCACCUAAUCUAUACAGUAUACAUCCAUAAAACCACAGGGCAUAUAAGACUAGACACUGAAAUGCUAAAUGUCUGAAAUGAGAUGACAGAAACAACAGGGUUAGUAAUAUAGCAAUAGGCUUACAGUAAAAACACGAAUGAGCAUAACAAAGGAGUGCGUCCACAACACAUGAAUUGUAAGAGAUAUGAACUCGCAUUUCUGAAGGCCGCACACUGGCCUUGACUAAGACAAGGAAUGCUAACUGAAGGUAAUCACAGGAGAUGGCUGGAACUUAUCACGGCUUGUGUACUUUCUCUAGUUACUUCCUUCUCCUCAGUUAGAGAUCGCCCAGCAUGCUCUGCUCCACAUCACCGGUCCCUCAGUCGAGUACUGAAUUUCAAACACAGAUUCAACCACAUAGACCAGGGAAGUUGUCUCGCAAAGAAGGGCACCUAUUGGUAGAUGGGUAAAAAUAAAAAAGCAGAUAUUGAAUAUCCCUUUGAGCAUGGUGAAGUUAUUAAUUACACUUGGAUGGUGUAUCAAUACACCCAGUCACUACAAAGAUACAGGCGUCCUUCCUAACUCAGUUCCCGGAGAGGAAGGAAACCGCUCAGGGAUUUCAUAAUGAAGCCAAUGGUGACUUUAAAACAGUUACAGUUUAAUGGCUGUGAUAGGAAAAAACUGAGCAUGGAUCAACAACAUUGUAGUUACUCCACAAUACUAACCUAAAUGACAGAGUGAAAAGAAGGAAAGAAGAAAUUAACUUUAUGUCCUGAAUACAAAGCCUGAUUAAUGAAGCAAAUCCAAUACAACACAUCACUGAGUACCACUCCUCACAUAUUCAACCAUGGUGGUGUCUGCAUCAUGUUAUGGGCAUGCUUGUCAUCAGCAAGGACUAGGGAGUUUUCUUUAGGAUACAAAUAAACGGAAUAAGCACAGGCAAAAUCUUAGAGGAAAACCUGGUUCAUUCUGCUUUCCAACAGACACUGGGAGACAUAAUCACCUCUCAGCAGGACAGUUAGCUAAAACACAAGGCCAAAUAUACACUGGAGUUGCUUACCAAGACGACAUUGAAUGUUCCUGAGUGGCCCAGUUACAGUUUUGACAUAAAUCAGCUUGACAAUCUAUGGCAAGACUUGAAAAUGGUUGUCUAGCAAUGAUCAACAACCAACUUGACAGAGAAUGAAGAAUUUUUAAAACAAUAAUGUGCAAAUAUUGUACAAUCCAGGUGUGCAAAGCUCUUAGAGACUUACCCAGAAAGACUCACAGCUGUAAUCGCUGGCAAAGGUAAUUCUAACAUGUAUUGACUCAGGGGUGUGAAUACUUAUGUAAAUAAGAUAUUUCUAUAUUUCAUUUUCAAUAAAUCUAAAAACAUGUUUUCUCCUUGUAAUUAUGGGGUAGUGUGUGUGGAUGGGCGAGAAAAAACCCAGAUUUAAUUCAUUUUCAGGCUGUAACACAACACAAUGUGAAAUAGGUAUGAAUACUUUCUGAAGGCAUAUAGUCAUUGAUCACUUUAAUAAUGUUUACAUAAUGUUUUACCCACUUCAUAUGUAUACACUGUAUUCUAGUCAAGGCUCAGACCCCUUCCCUUUUUCCACAUUUUGUUACGUUACAGCCUUAUUCUAAAAUUGAUUAAAUACAUUUUUUUCCUCAUCAAUCUACACACAUUACCCCAUAAUGACAAUGCGAAAACAGGUUUUUAGAAAUGUUUGCAAAUUUAUUAAAAAUAAAAAGGUAUUCAGACCCUUUGCUAUGAGACUCGAAAUUGAGCUCAGGUGCAUCCUGUUUCCAUUGAUCAUCAUUGAGAUGUUUCUACAACUUGAUUGGAGUCCACCUGUGGUAAAUUCAUUUGAUUGGACAUGAUUUGGAAAGGCACACACCUGUCUAUAUAAGUUCCCACAGUUGACAGUGCAUGUCAGAGCAAAAACCAAACCAUGAGGUAAAAUAAAUUGUCUGUAGAGCUCCGAGACAGGAUUGUGUCGAGGCACAGAUCUGGGGCAGGGUACCAAACAAUUUCUGCAGCAUUGAAGGUCCCCAAGAACACAGAGGCCUCCAUCAUUCUUAAAUGGAACAAGUUAGGAACCACUAAGACUCUUCCUUCGAGCUGGCUGCCCGGCCAAACUGAGCAAUCGGGGGAGAAGGGCCUGGGUCAGGGAGGUGACCAAGAACCCGAUGGUCACUCUGACAGAGCUCUAGAGUUCCUCUGUGGAGAUGGGAGAACCUUCCAGAAGGACAACCAUCUCUGCAGCACUCCACCAAUCAGUCUUUAUGGUAGAGUGGCCAGACGGAACCACUCCUCAGUAAAAGGCACAUGACAGCCCGCUUGGAGUUUGCCAAAGGCGCCUAAAGGACUCUCAGACCAUGAGAAACAAGAUUCUCUGGUGUGAUGAAACCAAGAUUGAACUCUUUGGCCUGAAUGCCAAGCGUCACAUCUGGAGGAAACCUGGCACCAUCCCUACGGUGAAGCAUGGUGGGGGCGGCAUUAUGCUGUGGGGAUGUUUUUCAGCGGAAGGGACUGGGAGACUAGUCAGGAUCGAGGGAAAGAUUAAUGGAGCAAAGUUCAGAGAGACCCGGCUCCAGAGCACUCAGGACCUCCGACUGGGACGAAGGUUCACCUUCCAACAGGACAACGACCCUAACAACACAGCCAAGACAACGCAGGAGUGGCUUUGGGACAAGUCUCUGAAUGUCCUUAAGUGGCCCAGCCAGAGCCCGGACUUGAACCAUAUUGAAUGUCUCUGGAGAGACCUGAAAAUAGCUGUGCAGCAACGCUCCCCAUCCAACCUGACAGAGCAUGAGAGGAUCUGCAGAGAAGAAUGGGAGAAACUCCCCAAAUACAGGUGAGCCAAGCUUGUAGCGUCAUACCCAAGAAGACUCGAGGCUGUAAUCGCUGCCAAAGUAGCAUCAACAAAUUACUGAGGAAAGGGUCUGAAUACUUAUGUAAAUGUGAUCUUUUAAUACAUUUGCAAAGAUUUCUAAAAAUCUGUUUUUGCUUUGUCAUUAUGGGGUAUUGUGUGUAGAUUGAUGAGGAAAAAAAACGAUUUAAUCAAUUUUAGGAUAAGGCUGUAAUGUAACAAAUUGUGGAAAAAGUCAAGGGGUCUGAAUACUUUCCGAAGGCACAGUAACUACUGCUGUACACACCUUUUCUAUUCAUAUACUGUCCAUACUGUCUAUACACACCAUUAAACACUGUAUAUAUGUAUAUUCCACACUCUGACAUUGCUCAUGCUGAUAUUUCUUAAUGUAUUUAUUUUAACUUUUAGGAUUAUGUGCGUAUUAUUUUGUAUUGCUAGGUAUUAUUACUGUUCUAUUGGAGCUAGAAACACAAGUAUUUCGCUGUACCUGCGAUAGCAUCUGCAAAUCUGUGUACCAAUAAACUUUGAUUUGAUUUGAAGCCUCCCGCAUGGCCUCCCCUGGUCUGUAGGAGCGCUCACGAGCAGGAACAGCACUGACUCAACGAGCCCCAAACACGUCCCUGACUCAACGGGCCCCAAACACGUCACUGACUCAACGGGCCCUAAACACGUCCCUGACUCAACGGACCCCAAACAUGUCACUGACUCAACGAGCCCCAAACACGUCACUGACUCAACGAGCCCCAAACACGUCACUGACUCAACGAGCCCCAAACACGUCACUGACUCAACGGGCGCCGAAAAACACGUCCCUGACUCAACGAGCCCCAAACACGUCACUGACUCAACGAGCCCCAAACACGUCACUGACUCAACGGGCCCCAAACACGUCACUGACUCAACGGGCCCCAAACACGUCACUGACUCAACGGGCCCCAAACACGUCACUGACUCAACGGGCCCCAAACACGUCACUGACUCAACGGGCCCCAAACACGUCACUGACUCAACGAGCCCCAAACACGUCACUGACUCAACGAGCCCCAAACACGUCACUGACUCAACGAGCCCCAAACACGUCACUGAUUCAACGAGCCCCAAACACGUCAGUGACUCAACGAGCCCCAAACACGUCGCUGACUCAACGAGCCCCAAACACGUCGCUGACUCAACGAGCCCCAAACACGUCACUGACUCAACGAGCCCCAAACACGUCACUGACUCAACGAGCCCCAAACACGUCAGUGACUCAACGAGCCCCAAACACGUCGCUGACUCAACGAGCCCCAAACACGUCGCUGACUCAACGAGCCCCAAACACGUCACUGACUCAACGAGCCCCAAACACGUCACUGACUCUCAGAAGUAAUAGGCCCGUGUGCCUGAGCUGAUUGCGAUUGCGACUGGCUGUUCUUUAGCUCUUCCAUUUGGUAUUUGGAGUUCUUAUUAAUGAUGAGCGUGCCAAACGAAACCCGUCGCAAUCACGAGUAGGUUAGCCUUGAUCUGUAUCCCAAAUACCACCCUAUUCCUUAUAUAUUGCACUACUUUUGACACUAUGUAGGUGUAGGGAAUAGGGUGUCAUUUGGGACAAAGCCUAGCAGUCAAUGAACUCUUCCCUUUGCUCAUAAUUGUGCCCAACGAUGCCACAUUACCGUUGUGUCUCUCACAUGGAAUGGGUUUAAUGUGGACAUGACGAGGGGUUUUACGGUGGAAAGCAUGUCUUUCACAUGGAAUGGGUUUAAUGUGGACAUGAUGAGGGGCUUUAUGGUGGAAAGCAAUCAUUUAAUAUACUAGAUAGAGGAUUUGGCCAUUGACUUCUCUCACUUCAUUAAAAUGAACUGUUGGUCUGCGUCCUAAAUGCAACCAUAUUCCCUAUGUAGUGCACUACUUUUGACCAGGGUGCGUAGGGCUCUGGUCAAAAGUAGUGCACUAUAUAGAGAAUAGUACAGUAUGCCAUUUGGCGCUCUGUGAUUAUAGGCAACACUGACUGUGGUUAAGUGAGAGGGAAAUCUCUUGCCUUGGGCCACUGCUAACUCAAUUUGUAUGAUUGGGCACAAAUCAAACAAAAUCAGGUUCCACCGUGUAAUCAGUUUGAAGUAAUAUUCUCUCUAUGUUCUGUCGCCAGAAUAGAAUCCCAGUGAGCCUUCUAUUUGGAAUGUUAGGUGAAAUAUCAGUGAUUUCAUCCAGUGCCCUAUCCAACGCUGCAGUCACAGUCUGCAUCCCAAAUGCACCCCUAUUCCCUAUAUAGUGCGCUACUUUUGACCAGAGCCCUAUGAGCACUGGUCAAACGUAGUGCACUAUAAACUAAAGGAAAUAGGGUGCCAUUUGGGACACACACACUGUCAUCCCACUAUCAGCGCCGGAGAAGAUGGCUGCCGUUUUACAGCCCUCUAACCAAUUGUACUAUUAUGUGUGUUUUUCCGCGUUAUUUGUAAUUUAUUUUGUACAUAAUGUUUCUGCCAUCGUCUCUUAUAACCAAAGAGAGCUUCUGGAUAUCAGGACAGCGAUUACUCACCUCGCAUUGGACGAAGAUUUUUUCUUCAACGAGGCGUUCGCGAAGGAUAUCCUACAGACACCCGACAAGGCCCAGAUCCCCGUCAUUCGCGUGAGGAAGAGACGGAGAUAUCGCGGACGCAGAUCCGGGUGCCUUGUAAGGAUCCGACGGCGAGCGAGUAAACUGCCUCUUCCAUCAAUCCUAUUAGCCAACGUUCAAUCUUUUGAGAAUAAAAUUGACGAUUUAAGAUUACGGUUAUCCUACCAACGGGACAUUAAAAACUGUAAUAUCUUAUGUUUCACGGAGUCGUGGCUGAACGACAACAAUGAUAACAUUCAGCUAGCAGGCUAUACGCUACAUCGGCAGGACAGAACGUCUGACUCUGGUAAGACAAGGGGUGGCGGUCUCUGUAUAUUUGUAAACAACAGCUGGUGCACAAAAUCAAAUACUAAGGAAGUCUCAAGGUUUUGCUCGCCUGAGGUAGAGUAUCUUAUGAUAAGCUGUAGACCACACUAUUUACCAAGAGAGUUUUCAUCUAUAUUUUUCAUAGCUGUCUAUUUACCACCACAAACCAAUGCUGGCAUUAAGAUUGCACUGAAUGAGUUGUACAAGGCCAUUAAUCAACAGGAAAACGCUCAUCCAGAUGCAGCGCUCCUAGUAGCCGGGGACUUUAAUGCAGGGAAACUUAAAUCCGUUCUACCUAAUUUCUACCAGCAUGUUAAAUGUGCAACCAGAGGGAAAAAAACUCUAGACCACCUUUACUCCACACACAGAGACGCAUACAAAGCUCUCCCUCGCCCUCCAUUUGGCAAAUCUGACCAUAACUCUAUCCUCCUGAUUCCUGCUUAUAAGCAAAAACUGAAGCAGGAAGCACCAGUGAUUCGGUUAAUAAAAAAGUGGUCAGAUGACGCAGAUGCUAAGCUACAGGACUGUUUUGCUAGCACAGACUGGAACAUGUUCCGGGAUUCUUCAGACAGCAUUGAGGAGUACACCACAUCAGUCACUGGCUUCAUCAAUAAGUGCAUCGAUGAUGUCGUCCCCACAGUGACCGUACGUACCCCAACCAGAAGCCAUGGAUUACAGGAAACAUCCGCACUGAGCUAAAGGGUAGAGCUGCCGCUUUCAAGGAACGGGACUCUAACCCGGACGCUUAUAAGAAAUCCCCGCUAUGACCUCCGACGAACCAUCAAACAGGCAAAGAGUCAAUACAGGUCUAAGAUUGAAUCAUACUACACUGGCUCUGACGCUCGUCGGAUGUGGCAGGGCUUGAAAACUAUUACAGACUACAAAGGGAAGCACAUCCGCGAGCUGCCCAGUGACACAAGCCUACCAGACGAGCUAAACCACUUCUAUGCUCGCUUCGAGGCAAGCAACACUGAAGCAUGCAUGAGAGCACCAGCUGUUCCGGACGACUAUGUGAUCACGCUCUCCGUAGCCGAUGUGAGUAAGACUUUUAAGCAGGUCAACAUUCACAAGGCCGCAGGGCCAGACGGAUUACCAGGACGUGUACUCCGAGCAUGUGCUGACCAACUGGCAAGUGUCUUCACUGACAUUUUCAACAUGUCCCUGACUGAGUCUGUAAUACCAACAUGUUUCAAGCAGACCACCAUAGUCCCCCGUGCCCAAGAACUCUAAGAUAACCUGCCUAAAUGACUACCGACCCGUGGCACUGACGUCUGUAGCCAUGAAGUGCUUUGAAAGACUGGUCAUGGCUCACAUCAACAGCAUAAUCCCAGAAACCCUAGACCCACUCCAAUUUGCAUACCGCCCCCAACAGAUCCACAGAUGAUGCAAUCUCUAUCGCACUCCACACUGCCCUUUCCCACCUGGACAAGAGGAACACCUACGUGAGAAUGCUAUUCAUUGACUACAGCUCAGCAUUCAACACCAUAGUGCCCUCAAAGCUCAUCACUAAGCUAAGGAUCCUGGGACUAAACACCUCCCUCUGCAACUGGAUCCUGGACUUCCUGACGGGCCGCCCCCAGGUGGUAAGGGUAGGUAACAACACAUCUGCCACACUGAUCCUCAACACGGGGGCCCCUCAGGGGUGCGUGCUCAGUCCCCUCCUGUACUCUCUGUUCACCCAUGACUGCAUGGCCAGGCACGACUCCAACACCAUCAUUAAGUUUGCCGACGACACAACAGUGGUAGGCCUGAUCACCGACAACGAUGAGACAGCCUAUAGGGAGGAGGUCAGAGAUCUGGCCGUGUGGUGCCAGGACAACAACCUCUCCCUCAACGUGACCAAGACAAAGGAGAUGAUUGUGGACUACAGGAAAAAAAAGAGGACUGAGCACGCCCCCAUUCUCAUCGACGGGGCUGUAGUGGAACAGGUUGAGAGCUUCAAGUUCCUUGGUGUCCACAUCACCAACGAACUAUCAUGGUCCAAACACACCAAGACAGUCGUGAAGAGGGCACGACAAAGCCUAUUCCCCCUCAGGAGGGUCCUCAGAUCCUCAAAAAAUUCUACAGCUGCACCAUCGAGAGCAUCCUGACUGGUUGCAUCACCGCCUGGUAUGGCAACUGCUUGGCCUCUGCCGCAAGGCACUACAGAGGGUAGUGCGUACGGCCCAGUACAUCACUGGGGCAAAGCUCCCUGCCAUCCAGGACCUCUAUACCAGGCGGUGUCAGAGGAAGGCCCUCAAAAUUGUCAAAGACUCCAGCCACCCUAGUCAUAGACUGUUCUCUCUGCUACCGCACGGCAAGCGGUACCGGAGUGCCAAGUCUAGGUCCAAAAGACUUCUCAACAGCUUCUACCCCCAAGCCAUAAGACUCCUGAACAGCUAAUCAUGGCUACCCGGACUAUUUGCACUGCCCCCCCACCCCAUCCUUUUUACGCUGCUGCUACUCUGUUAAGUAUUUAUGCAUAGUCACUUUAACUCUACCCACAUGUACAUAUUACCUCAACUACCUCAACUAGCCGGUGCCCCCGCACAUUGACUCUGCAACGGUACCCCCCUGUAUAUAUAGCCUCCCUACUGUCACUUUAUUUUACUGUAUAUAUAGCCUCCCUACUGUCACUUUAUUUUACUUCUGCUCUUUUUUUCUCAACACUUUUUUUGUUGUUGUUUUAUUCUUACUUUUUUUGUUUAAAAUAAAUGCACUGUUGGUUAAGGGCUGUAAGUAAGCAUUUCACUGUAAUGUCUGCACCUGUUGUAUUCGGCGCAUGUGACCAAUAAAAUUUGAUUUGAUUUGAUUUGAUCAAUUAACUGUCAUCCCACUGUCAGCUACUGUCAUCCAACUGUCAUCCCACUGUCAAUCCACUGUCAUCCCACUUUAAUCCUACUGUCAUCACACUGUCAUCCCACUGUCAUCAUACUGUCAUCCACCGUCAUCCACUGUCAUCAUACUGUCAUCCCACUGUCAUCAUACUGUCAUCCACUGACAUACAACUGUCAUCCCACUGUAAUCCCACUGUCAUCAUACUAUCAUUCCACUGUCAUCCACUGUCAUCAUACUGUCAUCCCACUGUCAUCAUACUGUCAUCCACUGACAUACCACUGUCAUCCCACUGUAAUCCCACUGUCAUAAUGCUGUCAUCAUACUAUCAUCCCACUGUCAUCCCAUCUCCCCAGUGUCUCCUGCAGUUUACAUGCUGUUGGUUUCCCUCUCCCAAACAACCAAAUGAUCAAUGAUCACUUUAACCCACAACGUUAUCAUUUAAAUUGAAUAUAGGUUGUUGAGAAUGAAAAUUACAAAAAACCUUAAAAAACCUUAAGCUUGGAUCAAAGACAAGAGACUGACUGCUUGGUGGGUAAAUGUUCUCCCUCCAUUCGGAUAGAAAAAUGCUUCAAUCCCAAAUUUCAUCCUAUUCCUUAUAUAGUGCAGUACUUUUAGCCAGGACCCAUAGAUAGUGUAUUGCUUUUAGCCAGGACCCAUAGAUAGUGUAUUGCUUUUAGCCAGGACCCAUAGAUAGUGUAUUGCUUUUAGCCAGGACCCAUAGAUAGUGUAUUGCUUUUAGCCAGGACCCAUAGAUAGUGUAUUGCUUUUAGCCAGGACCCAUAGAUAGUGUAUUGCUUUUAGCAAGGACCCAUAGAUAGUGUAUUGCUUUUGACCAGAGCCCUAUGGGGCCCUAUGUAGGAAAUAGGGUGCACGCCGAAUAGGUGUAGACCUUACAGUGAAAUGCUUACUCACAAGCCCUUAACCAACAAUGCAGUUUUUAAGAAAAAUAAGUGUUAAGAAAGUAUUUACUAAAUAAACUAAAGUAAAAAAGAAAAAUAUAUCUAAAAAAAUUAAAUUAAAAAAAUAACUGUCCCUCUCCCCCUCUUUCUCCGUCUUUUGGGACGAUGUUGUUUCCCUUCCGGAAAAAUCCAGGUGUCCUUGGGAUGUCCCUCUGUCUCGUCUCUCUGUCUCUGGGCUCUCCUGUUUAUUGGUAUUGUCUUGGGAUGUCCCUCUGUCUCUCUGUCUCUGGGCACUCCUGUUUUUGGUAUUGUCUUGGGAUGUCCCUCUGUCUCGUCUCUCUGUCUCUGGGCUCUCCUGUUUAUUGGUAUUGUCUUGGGAUGUCCCUCUGUCUCGUCCUCUCUGUCUCUGGGCUCUCCUGUUGUAUUGGUAUUGUCUUGGGAUGUCCCUCUGUCUCGUCUCUCUGUCUCUGGGCUCUCCUGUUUAUUGGUAUUGUCUUGGGAUGUCCCUCUGUCUCGUCUCUCCUCUGUCUCUGGGCUCUCCUGUUUAUUGGUAUUGUCUUGGGAUGUCCCUCUGUCUCGUCUCUCUGUCUCUGGGCUCUCCUGUUUAUUGGUAUUGUCUUGGGAUGUCCCUCUGUCUCGUCUCUCUGUCUCUGGGCUCUCCUGUUUAUUGGUAUUGUCUUGGGAUGUCCCUCUGUCUCGUCUCUCUGUCUCUGGGCUCUCCUGUUUAUUGGUAUUGUCUUGGGAUGUCCCUCUGUCCGUCUCUCUGUCCUCGGUGCUCUCCUGUUUAUUUGGUAGUGUCUUGGGAUGUCCCUCUGUCUCGUCCUCUCUGUCUCUGGGCUCCCUGUUUAUUGGUAUUGUCUUGGGAUGUCCCUCUGUCUCGUCUCUCUGUCUCUGGGCUCUCCGUUUUUAUUGGUAUUGUCUUGGGAUUUCCUCUGUCUCGUCUCUCUGUCUCUGGGCUCUCCUUUUAUUGGUAUUGUCUUGGGAUGUCCCUCUGUCUCGUCUCUCUGUCUCUGGGCUCUCCUGUUUAUUGGUAUUGUUGUGUGUAAACUAGUGUGAAAUGAAUCACUGACCCCCUCAAUCUCGCCCAUUGCACUUUAACAUACAAAUAGCACUUGCUUGUUUAAAAAAAAAAAAAAAUGCGGGGGGCAGUAUGUUAUGAGUCUUAUUCCCCUCCUCUAUCUCUCUCCCUUAUUCCCCCUCCUCUAUCUCUCUCCCUUAUUCCCCCUCCUCUAUCUCUCUCCCUUAUUCCCCUCCUCUAUCUCUCUCCCUUAUUCCCCCUCCUCUAUCUCUCUCCCUUAUUCCCCCUCCUCUAUCUCUCUCCCUUAUUCCCCCUUCCUCUAUGCUCUCCUUUCCCCCCCUAUUCCCCCUCCUCUAUCCCUCUCCCUUAUUCCCCUUCUCUAUCCCUCUCCCUUAUUCCCCCUCCUCUAUCUCGCUCCCUUAUUCCCCUUCUCUAUCCCUCUCCCUUAUUCCCCUUCUCUAUCUCUCCUCCCUUAUUCCCCCUUCUCUAUCCCUCUCCCUUAUUCCCCCUCCUCUAUCCCUCUCCCUUAUUCCCCCUCCUCUAUCCCUCUCCCUUAUUCCCCCUUCUCUAUCCCUCUCCCUUAUUCCCCCUCCUCUAUCCCUCCCCUUAUUCCCCCUCCUCUAUCCCUCUCCCUAUUCCCCUCCUCUAUCUCCUCUCCCGUAUUCCCCCUUCUCUAUCCCUCCCUUAUUCCCCCUCCUCUAUCCCUCUCCCUUAUUCCCCCUCCUCUCUAUCCCUCUCCCUUAUUCCCCUCCUCUAUUCCCUCUCCCUUAUUCCCCUUCUCUAUCUCUCUCCCUUAUCCCUCCCCUUCUCUAUCCUCCUUAUCCCUCCCUUAUUCCCUCUCCCCUCUCUAUCCCUCUCCCUUAUUCCCCCUCCUCUAUCCCUCUCCCUUAUCCCUUCUCCCUCCUCUCUCUAUCCCUCUCUACCCCUUAUUCCCCCUCCUCUAUCCUCUCCCUUAUUCCCCUUCUCUCUCUCUCCUCCCUUAUUCCCCUCUAUAUCCCUCUCCCUUAUCCCCCCUCCUCUAUCCCUCUCCCUUAUUCCCCCUCCUCUAUCCCUCUCCCUUAUUCCCCCUUCUCUAUCCCUCUCCCUUAUUCCCCUCCUCUAUCUCCCUCCCUUAUUCCCCUUCUCUAUCUCUCUCCCUUAUUCCCCCUUCUCUAUCCCUCUCCCUUAUUCCCCUCCUCUAUCCCUCUCCCUUAUUCCCCCUUCUCUAUCCCGCUCCCUUAUUCCCCCUUCUCUCUCCCUUAUUCCCCCUUCUCUAUCCCUCUCCCCUAUUCCCCCUUCUCUAUCCCUCUCCCUUAUUCCCCCUUCUCUAUCCCUCUCCCUUAUUCCCCCUCUGUCUCUCUCCCCUUAUUCCCCCUCUUCUAUCCCUCUCCCUCAUUCCCCCCUCCUCUAUCCCUCUCCCUUAUUCCAUCUCCCUCUCUCUCUCCCUUAUUCCCCUCUUCUAUCUCUCUGCCUUAUUCCCCUUCUCUAUCCCUCUCCCUUAUUCCCCUCCUCUAUCCCUCUCCAUUAUUCCCCUUCUCUAUCCCUCUCCCUUAUUCCCCUCUAUCUCUCUCCCCUUAUUCCCCUUCUCUAUCCCUCUCCCUUAUUCCCCCUUCUCUAUCCCUCUCCCUUAUUCCCCCUCCUCUAUCUCUCUCCCUUAUUCCCCAUCCUCUAUCCCUCUCCCGUAUUCCCCCUUCUCUAUCCCUCUCCCUUAUUCCCCUUCUCUAUCCCUCUCCCUUAUUCUCCUCCUCUAUCUCUCUCCCUUAUUCCCCAUCCUCUAUCCCUCUCCUUAGUCCCCCUCCUCUAUCCCUCUCCUUAUUCCCCCCUCCUCCUUCUCUCUCCCUUAUUCCCCCUCCUCUAUCCCUCUCCCUUAUUUCCCCUCUAUCGCUCUCCCUUAUUCCCCCCCUCCUCUCAUCUCUCUCCCUAUUCCCAUCCUCUAUCCCUCUCCCUUAUUCCCCCUCCUCUAUCCCUCUCCCUUAUUCCCCCUCCUCUAUCUCUCACCCUUAUUCCCCCUUCUCUAUCCCUCUCCCUUAUUCCCCCUCCUCUAUCCCUCUCCCUUAUUCCCCUCCUCUAUCCCUCUCCCUUAUUCCCCCUUCUCUAUCCCUCUCCCUUAUUCCCCCUUCUCUAUCCCUCUCCCUUAUUCCCCCUCUCUUCUCUCCCGUAUUCCCCCUUCUCUCUCCCUCUCCCCUUAUUUCCCCCUUCCUCUAUCCCUCUCCCUUAUUCCCCCUCUCUAUCCCUCUCCCUUAUUCCCUCUUUCCCUCUCCCCUUAUUCCCCCUCUUCUAUCCCUCUCCCUCUAUUCCCCUCCUCUAUCCCUCUCCCUUAUUCCCCUUCCUCUACCUCUCUCCCUUAUUCCCCCUUAUCCUCCUUAUCCCUCUCCCUUCUAUUCCCCCUCCUCUAUCCCUCUCCCUUAUUCCCCCUCCUCUAUCCCUCUCCCUUAUUCCCCUUCUCUCCUACUCCUCCCUCUCCCUUAUUCCCCCUUCCUCUAUCCCUCUCCCUUAUUCCCCCUCCUCUAUCCCUCUCCCUUAUUCCUCCCCCUCCUCCUAUCCCCUCCAUCCCUUAUUCCCCCCUCCUCUAUCCCUCUCCCUUAUUCCCCUCCUCUAUCCCUCUCCCUUAUUCCCCCUCCUCUAUCCCUCUCCCUUAUUCCCCCUUCUCUAUCCCUCUCCCUUAUUCCCUCUGUGUCUCUCUCCCUUAUUCCCCCUCUUCUAUCCCUCUCCCUCAUUCCCCCUCCUCUAUCCCUCUCCCUUAUUCCCUAUCCUCUCUCUCUCCCUUAUUCCCUUCCUCUAUCCCUCUCCCUUAUUCCCCUCCUCUAUCCCUCUCCCUUAUUCCCCUCCUCUAUCCCUCUCCCUCUAUUCCCCUUCUCUAUCCUCUCCCUUAUUCCCUUCUCUUCCCUAUCCUCUUACCUCUCCCUUAUUCCCCCUCCUCUAUCCCUCUCCCUUAUUCCUUCCCCCUCACCUCUAUCCCUCUCCCUUAUUCCCCCUCCUCUAUCCCUCUCCCUUAUUCCCCCUCCUCUAUCCCUCUCCCUUAUUCCCCCUCCUCUAUCCCUCUCCCUUAUUCCCCUCCUCUAUCCCUCUCCCUUAUUCCCCUCCUCUAUCCCUCUCCCUUAUUCCCCCUCCUCUAUCCUCUCCUAUUCCUCCUUAUUCCUCCCUUUCUCUAUCCCUCUCUCCCUUAUUCCCCCUCCUCUAUCCCUCUCCCUUAUUUCCCCCUCCUCUAUCCCUCUCCCUUAUUUCCUCCCUCCUCUAUUCCCUCUCCCUUAUUCCCCCCUCUAUCCCUCUCCCUUAUUCCCCUCCCAUCCUAUCCUUUCCUCUUCCCUAUCCCCCCCUCCUCUAUCCCUCUUCCCUUCUUCCUUCCCUCUCUCUCUUAUCCCUCUUCCCUUUCCAUUCCCCCUCCUCUAUCCCUCUCCUUAUGCCUCCUCUAUUUAAUAUUCCUCUGUUCCCUAUACGGUGUGAUUAGAUGGUUUACUCUGUUCCCUAUACGGUGUGAUUAGAUGGUUUCCUCUGUUCCCUAUACGGUGUGAUUAGAUGGUUUACUCUGUUCCCUAUACAGUGUGAUUAGAUGGUUUACUCUGUUCCCUAUACGGUGUGAUUAGAUGGUUUACUCUGUUCCCUAUACGGUGUGAUUAGAUGGUUUCCUCUGUUCCCUAUACAGUGUGAUUAGAUGGUUUCCUCUGUUCCCUAUACAGUGUGAUUAGAUGGUUUACUCUGUUCCCUAUACGGUGUGAUUAGAUGGUUUCCUCAUAUGUAGUGUGUGACUUUCUUUCUUCCUCUGUUCCCUAUACGGUGUGAUUAGAUGGUUUCCUCUGUUCCCUAUACAGUGUGAUUAGAUGGUUUACUCUGUUCCCUAUACAGUGUGAUUAGAUGGUUUACUCUGUUCCCUAUACAGUGUGAUUAGAUGGUUUACUCUGGUCCCUAUACAGUGUGAUUAGAUGGUUUACUCUGUUCCCUAUACGGUGUGAUUAGAUGGUUUACUCUGUUCCCUAUACAGUGUGAUUAGAUGGUUUACUCUGUUCCCUAUACAGUGUGAUUAGAUGGUUUCCUCUGUUCCCUAUACAGUGUGAUUAGAUGGUUUACUCUGUUCCCUAUACGGUGUGAUUAGAUGGUUUACUCUGUUCCCUAUACGGUGUGAUUAGAUGGUUUCCUCAUAUGUAGUGUGUGACUUUCUUUCUUCCUCUGUUCCCUAUACGGUGUGAUUAGAUGGUUUCCUCUGUUCCCUAUACAGUGUGAUUAGAUGGUUUACUCUGUUCCCUAUACAGUGUGAUUAGAUGGUUUACUCUGGUCCCUAUACAGUGUGAUUAGAUGGUUUACUCUGUUCCCUAUACAGUGUGAUUAGAUGGUUUACUCUGGUCCCUAUACAGUGUGAUUAGAUGGUUUACUCUGUUCCCUAUACAGUGUGAUUAGAUGGUUUACUCUGUUCCCUAUACGGUGUGAUUAGAUGGUUUACUCUGUUCCCUAUACGGUGUGAUUAGAUGGUUUACUCUGUUCCCUAUACAGUGUGAUUAGAUGGUUUACUCUGGUCCCUAUACAGUGUGAUUAGAUGGUUUACUCUGUUCCCUAUACGGUGGUGAUUAGAUGGUUUAACUCUGUUCCCUAUACAGUGUGAUUAGAUGGUUUCCUCUGUUCCCUAUACGGUGUGAUUAGAUGGUUUACCUCUGUUCCCUAUACAGUGUGAUUAGAUGGUUUACUCUGUUCCCUAUACAGUGUGAUUAGAUGGUUUACUCUGUUCCCUAUACGGUGUGAUUAGAUGGUUUACUCUGUUCCCUAUACAGUGUGAUUAGAUGGUUUCCUCUGUUCCCUAUACAGUGUGAUCCAGGUGAAGCCACCAAGCUCCUGUAUGACCUGCUCUACACUGAGCCCAUCAAGAUGGUCCUGAUGCCCGGCUGCAGCUCUGUGUCCACCCUGGUGGCUGAGGCCGCUCGCAUGUGGAACCUUAUAGUGGUGAGUGUGGCUCUACUGUCUGUCUGUCUGUCUGUCUGUCUGUCUGUCUGUCUGUCUGUCUGUCUGUCUGUCUGUCUGUCUGUCUGUCUGUCUGUCUGUCUGUCUGUCUGUCUGUCUGUCUGUCUGUCUGUCUGUCUGUCUGUCUGUCUGUCUGUCUGUCCGUCCGUCCGUCCGGAUGUAAUGUGUGUCUGAAUGUCUGCAUCGCCUUCUCAUUUUAACACAACUUCCUCAAAUUGAUUUUGGGGGAAAUUGUCGAAAUUUAAGGAUAAUACUUGAAGUACACCUGAAGUAUUUCAUUACACUAGCAGACUAGUGGUGUCUAG